GUGGUGACAACCACCCGAGUGACACAUGCCUCACCGGCUGGUGCCUAUGCUCACAUUGCCGAACGUAAUUGGGAAAAUGAUUUCGAGGUGAAGCAGUCAUGUGGUCGAACCUCGAACAUUGAUGAUAUUGCCCUGCAGCUGAUUCAUGGUGAGACGGGUAGUAAAUUCAAAAUUAUGAUGGGUGGUGGUAAGCACCACUUCGUGGACUCAUCGCUCUACAGCAAAGGAAAGCGAACCGAUGGUCGUAAUCUAAUUGAGGAAUAUAAGGCCCAAAACCCACGCAAUGCUUAUGUGGAGACCAAGGAAGAAUUGGCAAAAUUAAAUUUGAAAGAAGUAGAUCGUAUCUUGGGUUUGUUCCAUGAUUCCCAUUUGGAAUUCCGUUUGGAUACAGAUGAAAAUGCCACCCAACCUACCUUGGAGGAAAUGACCCGGCGAACCAUUGAAUUUUUGAGUCAAGAUGAAAAUGGCUACUUUGUGUUCAUUGAGGGUGGACGCAUUGAUUCGGCACAUCAUGAUAAUACACCGAGGAAGGCCUUAGAUGAAACUGUAGAGUUUUCCAAGGCCAUUCAAUUGGCCCGGGAAAUGACCAAUGAAGAGGAUACUUUGAUUGUAGUGACUGCUGAUCAUUCGCAUGCCUUUACCUAUGGUGGUUAUCCGUACCGUGGCAGUGACAUUUUUGCCAGUUCCCCCACAAAACCGGACGAUAAAACUCCCAUGAUGGUGUUAGGCUACUCCAAUGGACCUGGCCAUACAAAAUUCUAUGAUUCGAAAAAUGGUGUUCGCCACGACCCCACAACGUUGAUGACUGGCAAGGCCAAUGAUGAAUAUCCUGCCACAUUCCCUCGUGACUCGGAAACACAUGGUGGUGAAGAUGUUGCCGUUUAUGCUUCUGGACCUUGGUCACAUCUAUUUACCGGUGUUUAUGAACAAAAUGCCAUUCCCCAUAUGAUGGCCUAUGCCCUGUGUGUGGGUAAUGGCCUGAAGGCAUGCGAUUAGAUUAGAAUUUAAUUAUAGACU